AUGGCUACAUCAGUUCAAAAACCGCGACAACGGAGAGCACAGCGAGGUUUUCCAAGCGACAGUAUCAGUGCGCGGGCGUCAAGUUCUCAGGCCUAUCAACCAAGUUCCCAGCAAGAUGAAGUUGUGCUACCAAGAAAGUUCAAUGUUCUGCCUAUCACAUCGGCAGGCCAAGUUAUUUACAUUGGCGAAUCUGCGGGCUUUGACCUCCUCCUUCGCGAAAGCCAAAGCCUUGUCCAUUUCCCGAUGCCUCAGGAUACACUCGCGCUGUCAAUACCUGCUGGGCUGGACCCUCUCGAGAUACAAAUCCUGAAACGAAGAGGCGCCUUUGUACUGCCACCGAAAACGCUUUGCGACGACUUGAUAGAGACCUACUUUUCUUGGGUUCACCCGAUUGUACCUGUUAUAAAUCGUACAAAAUUCAUGUCACAAUACCGAGAUCCUACAAAUCCUCCUUCAAUGCUGCUCCUUCAGUGUGUCUUACUGGCUGGCGCCAGGAUUAGCACGAACUCGGAAUUGAGAGUUGAUGGAUCAACUUCAACUGCCGUUGCGACAUUCUAUCGACGAGCAAAAGCCCUUUAUGAUGCCGACUACGAGCGCGACCGAAUGACCUUGAUUCAAUCAAUGCUAUUGAUGGGUUGGUACUGGGCUGGGCCUGAUGACAUAUCCAAGAACAUGUUUUAUUGGAGUCAAUCCGCAAUCGCUGUGGCUCAGAACUUCGGUCUUCAUCGCAACAUGGGAAAUUCGGGUCUGUCGAUAAGCGAAAAGAGGCUUCGCAGGCGAAUAUGGUGGACGCUAUUUACACGAGAUCGCGCUUUGGCUGUUGGCCUGGGACAAUCAGUAUCCAUCAAUCUCGACGAUUGCGACGUCGAUAUGAUAACCGACGAUGACUUCAUUGAGCAUGAUGGGAACAAUAUCGACACAUACCCACCCAAUUAUAUUCACGUGGAAUUCUUCAUCCAGUACGUGAAGCUGUGUAGGCUGAUCGGACUUGUCGCGUCGAAAUACUCCAAGUUAUCCAGGCAUGGUCAAGACUGCAAUGACAUCACCUCAAUUGGCACAGCACUAUCCCAAUGGAACCAAGAGUGCCCUGUCACCAUGCGAUGGGAGAGACCAAAGCACCACUUUUGGUCUGGCAUACUAUACUUGCAUUACUUCAGCGCCCGUUGUCUGCUAUAUCGAGCAAGCUCCCCUCGCAACAGAAAGACUUUGCAGGACACAAAACAAUCUUACGGAUCACCAGAUGGCACUGUUCGCGCAGCAAACAUGAUUACCUCGAUUAUCGAAGCCCUCAGCGACGGCCAACAGUUACGCCGCUGUCCCCCAUUCAUCGUCCACAGCCUUUUCUCAGCAAUUGUCAUACACCUACACGUGUCGAAUACGCCGUCUCCGUCAAUCAGUAGACUGACCCACCGACGACUAAGCACUUGCUUAGGAGCCACAAAAGAUUUGGCACAAGUGUGGGCGGUGGGACGAACAGUGUUGACAAUGAUCGAGAAGAUUUCAGGUCUCAGCAGUGAGGCAAAGCCGUCGCGAUCAAGCCAUGGCUCGCCUCUCAAGGGCGAGGUCUUUGUCGAUAUUGGAUGUGCUGAUGCUUCAGAUCCGGUUUGCAGCCCCAACAAUGGAAGCCUGCUUAUGGACGUUGAAGAUACUCAAAAGCCUCAAGACUUUCAAAAUUGUGGUGGAACACCGAGCUACCACGAAGGGUAUGCUCCAGUAGGCCUAGGCUUCAGUGAAGGGCAUCCCGCCAUCGACCACUAUCCUCCACAGCCCAGCGUCUGUGAUUCCCAAAAGGAAAUUGAAUAUAGUAGCCUACUACCCGCUGCAGCUACUCUGACUGGAUUCAUGCCUGACACAUUUUAUAUUGAGGACACGGCCCAAAUCUGCAACCCGACAACAGACAUACCAGUCGUUACAUGGGAUCAAUUUCAGCUAGGCUGUCAACAAGACUACAGUAUUUCAGUGCCUUGGAGUCUGGAGCUUGACUUCCAAUGCCUAACAGCACCAACAACAGGCGCGGUUUAUCCAUGA